GCUGGGCACCCGGUCAGAUUUUCGGAUUUCUACUGACCGCAGGCUCUGUGGAGAGCACCGGGAGACCGUCCAGCCACGCAAUGGCAGUGACAUUUGAAGAUGUAGCUGUGAACUUCACCAUGGAAGAGUGGGCUUUGUUGGAUCCAUCUCAGAAGGAUCUCUUCAGAGAUGUGAUGUGGGAAAACUUUAGGAAUGUGACUGCUAUAGGAAGAAAUUUGGAUGACCAGAAAAUUGAAGAAGAGUACAGAAAUUGUAGGAAAAUUCUAAGAAGCUCAGUGGUAGAUAAAUUCCCUCGAUAUAAAUUAUGGUAUCAGCAUGGAGAAAUGGCUUUUAUAACUCCCAACACAAAUGAACACACGAAACUGCUUGGCACAAAAGAUGAAAGCCUUGCAUGUGAAAAGUCUCUGGUUGGUCAUUCAUCACUAACCAUGCCCAUCCUACAUAACACUGGACUCAAAUCAUAUCAGCUCUGUGAACUUAAGCUGAAGUUGUCUAACUGUAACAGACAUGGGAAAACCUCCACUGACUUUCAGUCUUUACAGAAACAUGCAAGAACAAAUCCUGAAGAAAAGCAAUAUGGAUAUAAACAAGAUAGAAAAUCUUCCUCUGAUUGCACUGAAGGAUGUAACACUGAAGCAGAAUCUUUUGUAUAUAAGCAAGAUGUGAAAGCCAACUAUUCUCAAAUCCAGGAAAGUAAUUACAGUAGGGUGAAUAACUGUGCAUGUACGCAAUGUGGAAAAAGCUUUAAUUCUCAUCAUGAUAAUGAGAAGCAUGAGAGAGUUCACACUGGACCAAAAUCCUCUGUAUGGAAAUCUUUAGAUAAUAUCACUCCAUUUGGUAAUCAUGAAAGUAGUCACACUGGGGCAAAACCGUAUGUAUGUAAUCAAUGUGGGAAGGUUUUCAAAACAAAAAGAGUUUGUCAAAUACAUGAAAGGACUCACACUAGGGAGAAACCCUAUGUGUGUAAGCAGUGUGGGAAAGCUUUCAGCACACACAGUCAUCGUCACAUCCAUGAAAGGACUCAUACUGGGGAGAAGCCCUAUGUAUGUAAGCAAUGUGGGAAAGCUUUUAGCAGGCAGAGCCAUCGUCAGAUACAUGAAAGGACCCACACUGGUGAGAAACCCUAUGUAUGCAAUCAGUGUGGGAAAGCUUUCAGCACACAGGUUCAUCGUCAGAGACAUGAGAGGACCCACACUGGGGAGAAACCCUAUGUAUGUAAACAAUGUGGGAAAGCUUUUAGUACACACAGUUCUUGUCAAACACAUGAACUAUCUCAUACUGAGGACAGGCCCUACGUAUGUAACCAGUGUGGUAAAGCUUUCCGCAAACGCAGUUCUUGUCAAAUACAUAAAAGGACCCAUACUGGGGAGACACCCUAUGUAUGCAAGCAAUGUGGGAAAGCCUUCACCACAUUCAAUUAUUGUCAAAUACAUGAAAGGUUCCACAGUGGGGAGAAACCCUAUGCAUGUAAGCAAUGUGGGAAAGCUUUUGCCACACACAGUUCUUGUCAAAGACAUGAAAGGACUCAUACUGGAGAGAAACCUUAUGUAUGUAAGCAAUGUGGGAAAGCAUUCACCACAUUCAGUUAUUGUCGGAUACAUCAAAGGAUCCAUACUGGGGAGAAACCCUAUGUAUGUAAAUACUGUGAGAAAGCUUUUAGCACGCAGACUCAUCAUCAAGCACAUGAAAAGACUCACACUGGGGAGAAACCCUAUGUAUGUAAGUAUUGUGGGAAAGCUUUCACUACAUUCAGUUAUUGUCAAAUACAUGAAAGGACCCACACUGGUGAGAAGCCCUAUGCAUGUAAGCAGUGUGGGAAAGCUUUCAGCACACACAGUUAUUGUCAGACACAUGAAAGGAUCCACACUGGGGAGAAACCUUAUGUAUGUAAGCAAUGUGGGAAAGCUUUCAGUAGACACAAUUAUUGUCAGGCACAUGAAAGGAUCCAUACUGGAGAGAAACCCUAUGUAUGUAAGCAAUGUGGGAAAGCUUUUAAUACACAAAGUGCUUGUCAAACUCAUGAACGGAUCCACACUGGGGAGAAACCCUAUGUAUGUAAACAGUGUGGGAAAGCUUUCAGCACAAAGAGUAUUUGUCAUAGACACAAACAAACUCACAGUGUGGAAAAACUACAUAACCAAAAUAUGUAACCAAUGUGGAAAAUAAAGCAUUCAAACACAUUGUCAGAUACCUGAAAGUAUUCACAUGGGAGAAACCCUUUGUAUGUACUCACUGCAGGAAAGCUUUGAGAAUGCAUUUGUCAUUAGAGUCAUGAAAAGACACACUGGGGAGAAACCCAUUAUGUAAUCAGUAUGGGAAUGCUUUCAGGAGACAUACUGUCAAAUAUAUGAUAGGAUUCACUGAUGUGAAAGGACAGUGCAGAAGUCGUUUCCUUGUAUGCAAUAUAAA